ACCAAGGCCCAGGUCAGCGAGCUGGGGCUCCCCUGAUUCCUGGCGCCUGUGACGUCCCGAUCACCUCCCUUUUUGUCCUGAUGGAUCGUCACCGUCCCCAGCUCUUGGGGUGGCUUCUUUCAGACAACGCAACUAAACCGAAUCUAGUGAAUUCUUUCCGCCAGUGUAGAAAACCAGCCAGAAUCAAGCUUUUCUGGGUUAAGCCAAAAGUGAAACCGGAGAGGGAGUGGAGGGAGAGGGAGGAGAGAUAAGAGGAUUAACGAUUAGUUAUGACACAUGGCUUGGGAGCUGACCUUUGACCGAGCGUCUUGUAAAAAUAACGCCAGCGGCGCGGCUUCCCCCGGAGUGCGGAGACACCAGGACCCAGGAGAGGGAAAAUCGGCGCCGGCCAAAAGGCAAAAAAGCAAAAGGGAGAAGCAAGUGGCAUCCGCAGGGACGGAGAUGUGACGGAGGGAAGGGGCAGGAGAGCAGGAAAGAGACCCGGGAGCAUCCGUCCGUCCGAUGUCAUUGUCGGUCUCCCCGGCGCCCCGUGCCAUGGAUUUAAUAUUUGGCAGGAAUAAGAAGGAGCAGCCGGAACCCGUGCGGGCCAAAGUGACAGGUGAGGUCGUCUACAGGAGCCAGUACCUGAGAAGUGACACGUACAGCGCCAACAUCGAGGCCAACAGGAUCGUGGUGUCGGAGUUUGGAACCAUGGCCUAUCCGGACCCCUGCAAAAACAUAUUUUCCAAAGCCUUCUCAUACUUGUCCCACACCAUCCCCGACUUCACGGACAACUGCCUGAUCAAUAUCAUGAAGUGCGGGGAGGACUUCUACGCCACCACAGAGACCAACUACGUCAGGAAAAUCAACCCGCAGACUCUGGAAACCCUGGAGAAGGUGGAUUAUCGGAAAUACGUGGCUGUGAAUCUGGCAACGUCACAUCCUCAUUACGACGAGGUUGGAAAUGUUCUCAACAUGGGCACAUCCAUUGUGGACAAGGGGAAGACAAAGUAUGUGAUGUUUAAGAUCCCUGCCACCGUGCCAGAGGACAAGAAGAAGGGGAAGAGCCCGUGGAAGCACACGGAGGUGUUCUGCACCAUCCCCUCCCGCUCCCUCCUCUCCCCGAGCUACUACCACAGCUUCGGGGUCACCGAGAACUACGUCGUUUUUCUCGAGCAGCCUUUCAAGUUGGAUAUUCUCAAGAUGGCGACCGCGUACAUCCGGGGAGUGAGCUGGGCCUCCUGCCUGUCUUUCCACAAGGAGGACAAGACUUACAUUCACAUCGUCGACCAAAGGACCAGGAAGCCUGUGCCCACCAGGUUUUACACGGACGCCAUGGUGGUCUUCCACCACGUCAACGCCUACGAAGAGGACGGCUGCAUCCUAUUCGAUGUCAUCGCCUACGAGGACAGCAGCCUUUACCAGCUCUUCUACCUGGCCAACCUGAACCAGGACUUCGAGGAGAACUCCAGGCUCACCUCGGUGCCCACGCUCAGGAGGUUUGCCGUGCCCCUCCACGUGGACCAGAAUGCAGAAGUGGGCUCAAAUCUAAUCAAAGUGGCAUCUACAACAGCCACGGCCGUGAAGGACAAAGAUGACCAGGUCUACUGCCAGCCGGAAUUGCUUUAUGAAGGCUUGGAGCUACCUCGAAUCAAUUACGCUCACAACGGGAAGCCAUACCGAUACAUCUUCUCGGCUGAAGUCCAGUGGAGUCCGAUCCCAACCAAGAUAAUAAAAUACGACAUUCUUACAAAGUCAUCCUUGAAAUGGGGGGAGGAGUGCUGCUGGCCGGCAGAGCCGCUGUUUGUGCCCACGCCGGGUGCCGAGGCCGAGGACGAUGGAGUCAUCUUAUCAGCCAUCGUCUCCACUGAUCCCCAAAAGCUGCCUUUCCUGCUUAUUCUGGAUGCCAGAAGUUUUACAGAACUGGCUCGCGCCUCGGUGGACGCAGACAUGCAUCUGGACCUCCACGGGCUGUUCGUCCCGGCCGCAGACGGGGACACGGGGACACAGCCUCCUGUCGAGGAGCAGCGGGACGAGGCUUCACAGGGUGACGAGGCCCCCCAGACCUGACGCUGUCGGGCCUGGGCCCGGGGAAGGGGACCUCAGCUGGCAGGACCCUCAGGACUUGACGCUGGAGACCCUGGGGGCAGGGAGGGACCUCCGUUUCCCAUCUGCGCCCUUCUGUCUGUGGCCACGUUGACCAGGGCGUGGGGGGAGAGCUCGUCCGUGUCUUUUUUCUUUCAUUUUUAUUUUGGCCAUAAAAACCUUGUCUGAAAGUCAAAUAUUUAUUGAUUAGCCCAGGUACUUCUAAGAAAGCUCCUUUCCUUUAUGAUAAAGACCUUGACCGUGAAUCAGAAAUUGUCUUAAGCCAUCUUAUCAUCGUUUUUAGAAUGAGCAACCACUAACAUCUUAGAGGAGAGACAGAUAAGUGUUUGUCUUUGCUCCUUCCUCUGUCUCUUUCUCUUUCCUUCCCUCCCUCCCUUCUUUCUAAUGGACCGAAUCGUGCAUCUGGGAGUUCUAGCUUUUCUCAGCCAUGCUGCUAUACGAGUGAGUUAUGUGGCCAGGAAGGCACGUUGUCCGUGGUCAUUCCAUUGCAAGGCAUGACGUAAUAUAAAAGAAUAAAAACUUUAAAGUCCGUUCAGACCUUA